GGGUAGGCUGCAGCUGGCAGGCGAGCGGCUGAGCGCUGUUAGCGGCUCCGCUAUCUCCCCGGCCUGCUGCUCCAGGACGCAGCUAUGAGGCGUCCCCGCGUGCCCGACUCGGCGCAGUAAAGUUCGCGCGGGAUGGAGCUACCCGGCGCCUCGCUGCAGAAGGCUUGCCGCCUCCUCGUGAUCUUCUGCGCCCUCCACCUCUCGGCCGUGCUCUUCUACUACCUGAGGGGUAACACGCUCCACCACCAGCGGAGCCCGGAGCCGCCGCCUCGCAGCCAAACCUUCGUCCAUCGGGAGCCGGAGGCGCUCCUCCCGGGCAAUAUCUCCGAGCCCGGCGCCGACUGCCCCGACCCUUCCCCUUUGCUGAUUGGUCCAUUGCAUGUGGAGUUUUCACAAGCUGUGAAUUUGAAGAAUGUGGAGGAAGAAAAUCCAGAACUCAGGGAAGGAGGCCGCUAUACACCAAAGGACUGCAAAGCACUUCAGAAAGUGGCGAUCAUUAUCCCAUUCAGAAAUCGAGAUGAACACUUGAAAUACUGGUUGUUUUAUCUCCAUCCGAUCCUGCAAAGGCAACAACUUGAUUAUGGUGUCUAUGUGAUUAAUCAGGAUGGAGAAGAAACAUUUAAUCGCGCAAAGCUUCUGAAUGUAGGCUUCAUAGAAGCUUUGAAAGAAUAUGAUUAUGACUGCUUUGUAUUUAGUGAUGUUGACCUAGUCCCAAUGGAUGACAGGAAUACCUAUAAGUGUUACGACCAGCCCAGGCACCUCUCUGUAUCUAUGGAUAAAUUUGGAUUUCGCUUACCUUACAAUCAGUAUUUUGGAGGUGUGUCUGCUUUAAGUAAGGAGCAAUUCCAAAAAAUCAAUGGGUUUCCCAAUAAUUAUUGGGGCUGGGGUGGUGAAGAUGAUGACAUUUAUAACAGGUUGGUUUUUAAAGGCAUGGGGAUUUCCCGCCCAGAUGCUACAGUUGGAAAAUGUCGAAUGAUUCACCACAAAAGGGACACUAAAAAUGAUCCCAAUCCACAGAGGUUUAACAGAAUUGCUCAUACAAAGGAAACAAUGAAAUCUGAUGGGCUAAACUCUCUGACUUACACCGUAGUAAAAACUGAUAAAUUUCGAUUAUAUACAAAAAUCACAGUGGAUAUUGGAUCACCAAAAAGCUAGUGUGGCAGAAAUGCAAUAGAAGACUUGGAAUACCCAACCAGUGACAAUUCAACCUUUCAACAUUUUAUAACUGAUUUUAUUGCAAUCAAUUUGAAAGAAGAUCACCUGUUUUUCAUCCUGAGAGCUUGCAAUUGGCAGGACAAAUGAGAAUUUUAAUCCCAAACAUCACUGUAUAAAUCUUCUUUUCAUUUUUUUUAACCUUUACGAACAAUAAAUAGAAGCUGUAUGUAUAUGAAUUUUCAGGGAAUGGUGGGAACUUAGGUUCUCAAUCCCCUUGCAAGUUCUCCCAUGCAAGUGUCACAGAAAAGAAAGAAAGUUGUACUAAAGCACUUCUCUCUCUCCCUCUCCCUUUUUUUUUUUUAGAAAGCUCUCUUUUAUUUGAGGGGCCUAACCCAAGAGGGUUCCUAGUGGAUUGAGGCCUAUGUAUUUACUAGGGUGCUCUCCACUUUAAAAUAAUGAAGGUCACAAUUUGGGAACGUUACUGUUUCUAAAUUGUGAGGUAUUGUGCAGUGGUAAGUCAUUUCCCUUUCAUCCUGCUCCUUCCCCAAUUUAAUUUAAAAAUUAGGUCCCUGUAUGAAAGUUCACUGCGGUGGGUACAGGAGGAAGGACUGGAAGAUGCUGCUAAAGUGAUUUGAGUUUACAUACUUUGAUUUAUCUCCCCUUCAUGUUGACAGGAUUGUUCCUUCUUGUCUGUAAUCUCCCUUGGGGAGAAAAAAAAGGACCUGAAGACCUCAAAACAAACAGCUUUGCAUUCUGUUCUGCUGGCACAGGGAUUAAAAUGAGGCAAACCUCUUUGCCCAAAAGUGUGUCUGCAAGCCAAAACCUUGAGACCAUCAUCUUGAUUAUGUACAGGUGCUGUUAGCUUGUUUUAUCUAACAAGAGGUCAGCCCGGUCCUUAUCCUGGGCUCACUGCACUAUGGGGAAAAAGCGUGAGUGAAGUGGUUUGUAUCACAGUUGUUUUUAUGCAAAAGCCAAACACUUUAAGUUGCUAAUCGAAAUUCCCUAGUUUUUGCUGGAUCCAAUUGGGUGGCUGUGGAGAAAUCGGGUUAAUUUAUGCACUAUAAUCCAGGUCAUGCAGUGCUCCUUCCCUAAGGUAUAGAAAGGAACAAGGGUGCACCCAGGUCUGACACUCGGGGCCAAAGCAUUGUGAUGUGGCUUGUGAAUAUCAGCUUCAAAGACACGGGGGGUGCCGAUGGUUGGAAGCCACAGUUCAUGGGUUGGUUCAUUGAGGUACAGUGUUGAUGGGCCAGCAAUACAUAAGCCUUAGCUUGCUGGCUGCUGCUACUUGAAAAUGAGCCAAUCCAUAUUCUAGAAGUAUUCAAAUAGGACAAAGCCUGUGUGUAAUGCUCACACAGAUGGCUUGCAUCACAUCUGUUUUGGAAUGAAGCUGAACCUUGUAUUAUUCAUGUGAGAAAUACCUCUCUUUCUAUGGGGUCAAGCUAAUUCAGCAGAGUUGCCUUUGUCUUAAGGAACAAGAACAGGGAAAACAACAUCUGGCAAGAGUGUGACAGCAUACUCUCCAUCUGACCAGGACUUGUCUACUCUGAGUAAGUCUGCUGGGAUUUCCUCUUCCUUGGGAGAGUAACCAUGGGAAGUUGUGCUUCCAGUUUUUCUCUAAGUACAGCUGGUAGAGGGAGCCACUCAGUUUUCUAGAUAAACAAAGCAAAGUUCUUGCUGAGUUAAAACAUAUAGAUGGAGCUCAGUCUUCCAACAAAGCUGGGAGGAAAAAUAUCCUAGGCCUACUGGGACCAUUUGUUGCCAGAGUUGGUAUUGCCUGCCUGUCAUACUGGGAUGUAAAAUUUACACCUACCCAGGUCGCGGUAGGAGCACAGAAAUGAAAGCGGUCCCAGAGAAUAGACCCACAGUGAAGCCAAAGGCUUUGUGGGCAAAAAAUAACCACUGCUUCUGGCUCUAAGCAAUAUGUAGCUUGCAAGGAAUAAGAGGUAAAUGAUAACCUGAAGAUUUGGGGUGCACUGACUAGUUUACCAGAGAUCCUUUAUGGAAGCAGGAAGAAUAGGACUUCAUCACCUUACUUUUUACUCUACCUGGCAGCCUGCACUGUCUUGAGAAAUUGUAGCAGAAUGGUGUGCCAGCAACCAGUAGCAUAAUCUUUACGGUAAUAGAAUAGUUCAAAUGGAAUUCCUCAGUGAAGCCUGUUCCUGACACUGCAAAACAAACGUAAUUCACCUAAGGACCAGUAUAUUGCCAGAUUGCCUUACAUGUGAAUGGAAAGUUUCACUUUGUUUUCUACUGCUCUAAUACAAUCUUUUUCUUACUGGUGAGUGGCAAAUGCUUUGCUGUUCUGGGUUUAUAAAGUGCCUUUUUGUUUUUAAAAUGUUUUGUCAGGAAUGUUUACUAUUGUAAAGGCCUAAAUGUGGCAAAUGUCAAACAAAUGUAUUUUUCUCAGUGUUUUGUGUAAAACUUGAAGUGUGCUGCUGGAUUUUACUGCUAAAACAUGUUAGCAAAAUAUUAUAGGGGAAUUGGGCUAAGGCAACUGCACCAUAAAAUGGCAUGUUAGUACCAUCAGCUUAAGCUGCAGGCAACAUCAUGUUUUAACUAGACUUGAUUUAUAGAAUUUACCUUCACGAGAAUGUUCAGUUUCUUCAUUAGCUUCUGCUUAAAUGGUAGCAAAGACAUGCCUUGCAAACGUGUUCAUCUUCAUGUCUGAAAUAUCAUAAAUUAUGGCCUGUUGGGAUCUUGUCAUUUCUCCCACAUCAUUUUGAACUGUUGGUGGGGAAAGAGUGGCUUAAUGAUCAAAGUAGAAUUUGCAUCCCAGAACUCCAGAUCCUUGAUUUUUACUUUUGAAAAUACAUGUCCUGCUUUUACGAAGGUGUUUCCAGUGAUUUCCUUCUGAAAGGAGUAACUUCCCAACAGCUUCAGCAUUUUUAAUGUCAAGCAGAUCCCAGUCAGUCAGUCAGUAGGGACCUGCUCAGAACUCACAUAUUUUCAGGGAGGGAGACAACUUUCAAGUUUAGCUUCUCCUGUAUGUGCCCUCCUGUUUUUUGUUUUUUGUUUAAUGGAGGCAAAGUAAUCUUUGUUUUAAGAAAGUAUCUUGGAGGAUUACAACUUUUACAUCCCCCAACAGGCAGGGAAAGGAAGGCCUACUCUCUACACUGACCAUCAAUAGUUUUCAGCUUUUCAACCCCAUGUGUCCAACUGCAUCACCAAAAGAAACCCAUUCCCAGUUCACUUCAACCAGCCUUUCAUAAACUGGUCUGCUUCAGAUGAUUGGAGUUUUGCAAUCCAGACAACUCAGGGACACAGAUUGGCCAAGGUGGCUUUUGCUGCUCACCAUACAAUAGCAGAGAACAUGCACAUUGACCAUCAGUUUACCCCUGGCUGAGGCAAUCACUGCAAAGAGAGUUUAGAUACUCUCCCAGUUAUCUCACUUGGAGGCUAUGCAUUAUCUUCUUAAAAAACAUUGGUACCCAGCUGUGCAGCAGAUGAGAGAGCUUGUAUAUAGCUCUGAGUUAUAUGAGCAUUCUUGAAUCUUAGAAUAUGCAGAAAGUUGGGCGGGAGAAGCAACGGGCUUCAUGCCCAUUGCUUCCCCUUUUGUUCCCUUUAUCACAUGGAGAGAAGCAAAUGGCCAAAACAAGCAACCCCACCGUUAUUGGAAUGAGGGAUCCCUCUCCUCUUUUGAGAUGAAACCUCCUUAAAAAUUGAAUAUCUCUAAUAGAAAUCUGUACAGCCAUUAAGCUCUUCCCAAAGUGAGAUGAAUUGAGAGGAGAGGGGGCAAUUCUAGAGGGAAGGCCAUUCAAACACAUCCUAGGUUUCCCAGCCUGAAGAAACUUCCCCAAUCUGGUACUCUCCAGAAGCAUCAGGCUAUAACUCCCAUUGUCCUUGUCCAGCAUCCUUGGUUCACUGCCAUGGAAUUCUGGGAUUGAUCAUAAUAUGAUAAAACAGACUGGUAGGCAAGUAUUGUUUCUCGCUCUUAUUUCACUACUGUUGCUUGAUUUCUGAAGUGUAUGUGAAUGUAGUUUGUUAUCUUUCACUGCCAACUUUAAUUUUUUUAAAUGUCCUGAUCCAAAUGCUUAAUUUCCCUCUACUGUAUUGAGUGUGGGAACUUGUAUCUAAUUCUGGAAUGUACCUUCUUUGUGAAGUAAGAAAAAAUAGUUUCAAGGGGGUAUUAAAUGUUAGGCAGACUGACAGCCAGGAAGCAGUUCCAAUACCACUUACUAAAGGUCAGGGUUUCUCAACCUCAGCAACAUUAAGAUGCUUGGACUUCAACUCCCAGAAUUCCCCAGCCAGGAAUUCUGGGAAUUGAAGUCCACACAUCUUAAAGUUGCGGAGGUUGAGAAACACUGCUCUAGGUAGCCAAGCUCUUGAAUUCCUCCAGAUUUCCUCUACCUGUAGCAUUUGGAAAGAAUUAAAACUGUAUGCAAUAGUUCUCUGAACCUGAUACUUCCCUAAAAAUUUUCUUGGGUUCUCCAGCUAUAGAAGCAGGAGACACAGUAUUUAAAUGUAUCCAUUACAUUGGUUUUAUCUGUAGAAGUGGAUUGGAGGCUCACAUACAUCUGAGUCUCUGUUGCUGGGAAAUCUGAACUUGUAAGUGACAAUUGAGUAAGUUGAAGUACCUGUGAAUUUUAGAAUGUGGGUUUUCUUCUACAUUCUUUACUACACAACAGCUCCUAAUGGCCUGAACAAUUUCACAUAUCCAGUAACUAAACACAAUCUCCCUGCCAGCCUCUUUCAGAAAUUAUAGGACUGAGAAGCUUUUCUAGACAUUUUAGAAUUAGAUUAACCAUUCUUAGUCAAAACACAAGCAUGAAAGUUAUAGAUCAAAAUGGAGGCUGAAGUCCUAUAACAUUCUGAGAAGUUCUAACUGAAUACAGAUGAUAGUUUAAAGCUUGUCAGGGUUAAUGUGUUAUGUUAGACUUUGGUCAAACAAAUUUGAGAUGUAGUAUAAAGCCCCCUUGAGCCACUCAGCUCUUUGUGAUAGCCACAUUUCCAUGGCAACAUAUGGAAGUAAUUUGCCACAGCCUUCUUCCUGGGAUGUUUUUUUUUUUUAACUUUCGAAUUUAAACUAUGGGCCUAUAGGGAUUUCCUUGUGGUUCCCUAUCCAAAGGCUAAUCAAGUAAGCCUCUGCUUAGCUUUUCUGACAUCAGUCAAGUCUGCCCAGGUUCUGCCCUGUACUGUUGCAAUAUAAAACCCAUUUCUGAAAUAGUGGGUUGAGUUUACAAAGCAUGAGCUAUGAUUCCACUUUUCACUUACCUUUUCCCCCUAUUUUUACUGGACCCGGGGAGGCCUUUUAAAAAUCAGGCUGAAUUCUGGCCCCUCUUGGAUAUGAAAGGUGCUUUGUUUUGAACCUAGCGUAUGCUGAGAUCGGAACAGUACAAAUAGGCUUUAUAGCCUACAAAUACACAUUCCAGCAAGCAACUUUUAUGUUGUCCAUCAUACAUCACAGCAUAGCCAUUUGCUUACCUGUGUGUAAGUGUGCGUGAGCCGUGUGCGCAUGUGAAAAUCAGGGAAAAUUGCCAUAAAACCUUAUUCAAUAACCCGGUAAUAAUAAUCAUCUCUUCAAGGUGUUUGAGAGAAGUGCCUUAAAAAUAUUUUUGGGAGUGUGUGGGGGUUAAGGGAUAGAACAGUGUGUGUUCAGUUACUUUUGCAUUGCUGUGGGUCAUUUUUGCCUUUCCAGAAAACAAUAUGAAAGACAUAAAUAAUAAAAGUUGGUGUUUAGUAA